CCUCUUUCAAAGCCAGUAGGAUUUUGCUUCUUGAGGCAUCUGUUUAUUUAAAAGGAAAGGGGUAUGUUGAGGCAUGGGCACCCUGGCAGCAGGCUCCAAACCAACCCUCUUGACUUGUGCCUGCCUUUCAGGAAACGCUCCCUUCCUGAAUUUCUCUAAGAAUGCUGAGUUGGGGGGUGGUUGCUGAUUUUUAUAACAUAUAGUCAGUUAUUCAUAGGCUUGUGUUUUAAAGAAGGACAAGCCUGAACUCACCGUCCUGCCUCAGGGCCUGGGCUCCAUACCUGGGUAGUAGACAAUCUUCUACUUCCUAACAAGCUGGACUUGAAGUUUGGAGUAAAUCUCCUGGUUGAGUGACAGGUGUUUCCCAGCUGAGCCCUUGGGGAGAUUCUCCAGUUGGGCAGGGACAUCCCUUCCUCAGAAGCCUGGCGGGCUGGACUCCUCUGGCCCAGUUGAAAGUGGGGAAUGGCUCCCAACAGGCUGGGAAGACAGCUGACUUCACCCUCCUUAGGGAUGUCUGUCUGUCCGUCUCUGGGAAUAGUCGCUUCCUGUUUUUUCCUUUUCCUUUUAAGCCUCUCCUUGUUCCCGUCUUCUGUCUCUUCAAGAACUACCCCGAGUCUUGGUCUCCGUCCCUCUAUCUUUGGCUCCUGUAUAUGCCUCGGCUUCUGGCCUUCUUCUCCCCCUCCCUUCCCCUCCCCCGCGCUGUCAUUCACCCUGCUCCUCUCUGCGCACAGCCAAUGGAGAGACCCAGCCAACACCGCGAAGCUCGCACUCACUGGGCUUUUUCGCCUGGUGAUUGAUGUCCCAGAGUCAACAGCGAGCGAGCAACUGGAGCAGGGAAGGAGAAGCCGGAGAGGGGAAAAAUACGGCGCCCCCCUUACCCUCCCCUCCCCCUCCUACUUUAGCCCUUCUGCGCACUUCGCUUCCAAGUCUCGGCGCAGCCAGAAGCUGCUGUUGCCUCCGCGCCCCUGCUAGCUGCUCCUGGAGCCAAGCGCAGCGAGCGUCGCCGCCCGGGCCCCCCAGUGGGGCCGGGGCCACCAUGGAGCACCUGGGUCCGCACCACCUCCACCCGGGCCAUGCAGAGCCCAUCAGCUUCGGUAUCGACCAGAUCCUCAACAGCCCGGACCAGGGUGGCUGCAUGGGGCCCGCCUCACGCCUCCAGGACGGAGAAUACGGCCUUGGCUGCUUGGUCGGAGGCGCCUACACUUACGGCGGAGGGGGCUCCGCGGCCGGGGCGGGGGCUGGGGGCGCGGGAGCCUAUGGCACUGGAGGUCCGGGUGGCCCCGGAGGCCCCGGCGGCCCCGGAGGCCCGGCAGGCGGCGGCGGCGCCUGCAGCAUGGGUCCGCUGGCCGGCUCCUACAACGUGAACAUGGCCUUGGCGGGCGGCCCGGGUCCUGGCGGCGGCGGCGGCGGCAGCAGCGGCGGUGCGGGGGCACUCAGCGCUGCGGGGGUGAUCCGGGUGCCCGCACACAGGCCGCUUGCCGGAGCCGUGGCUCACCCCCAGCCCCUGGCCACCGGCUUGCCCACCGUGCCCUCUGUGCCUGCCGUGCCGGGCGUCAACAACCUCACUGGCCUCACCUUCCCCUGGAUGGAGAGUAACCGCAGAUACACAAAGGACAGGUUCACAGGUCACCCCUAUCAGAACCGGACGCCCCCCAAGAAGAAAAAGCCGCGCACGUCCUUCACACGCCUGCAGAUAUGCGAGCUGGAGAAGCGCUUCCACCGACAGAAGUACCUGGCCUCGGCCGAGCGCGCCGCCCUGGCCAAGGCGCUCAAAAUGACCGACGCGCAGGUCAAAACGUGGUUCCAGAACCGGCGAACAAAGUGGAGACGGCAGACUGCGGAGGAGCGGGAGGCAGAGAGGCAGCAAGCGAACCGCAUCCUCCUGCAGUUGCAGCAGGAGGCCUUCCAGAAGAGCCUGGCACAGCCGCUGCCCGCCGACCCUCUGUGCGUGCACAACUCGUCGCUGUUCGCCCUGCAGAAUCUGCAGCCAUGGUCUGACGACUCGACCAAAAUCACCAGCGUCACGUCAGUGGCGUCGGCCUGCGAGUGAGCCUGCCCAUUCUGCCCUGUGGGACCCUAGGCCCACUCAGGGGUCACUGACGCCUGAGAGCCAGGACUCCUCCCCACCCCUUUCUGCCUCAGACUGCACCCAGGAGGGGAACACUGCCCUUGCAAGGCCCCGAAGGGCCCCUGAAUUUGUGCUGACACCGUUUUCUCUUCAGUGGAAGAGCUCAAGGGGCAAGGACACGCACCCCACUCCCAGACGCGUCCCACACCCAUCUGAACUGUUAAGAAAUCUCUGCUUUUUUCUUUCAUUUUAUUUUAAUUUUUAAUAUGGGAUCCAGAGAGAGGCAAGGGAGGUACAGCUUCUGGAGUCCCAGGCUGUCAUCUGAAUUUGCUCUGGGAAACUCCUUCUCUGUGACCCACUUCUCAUCACACACGGAAACCCAUAGGCCUACACAGAGGUGAUGUCACUGUCCCUCCUGGUGUCACCCCAGAGCCACACAUGGGCAUCUAUGGCAGAGUGUCAUACACAUACAGGGUCACAGUGUUUACACCCUGGACCUCACCAUCAGGCACAGGCCAGGGGUGACGCAGACUCAUCCUGAACAGCAUAGUACUCCCUCCAUCACAAACACAAGGCCAUGGCCGCAAUGUGACACACUACCCCAUACACAACAGCCACAACAGCCUCACUUGGUCUGCCAAGCCCCCACCACACAUCCCAGCCCAACCCAGGUCUGCACAGACAGGUUUUCACAUAAAUGCAGCCCGUUUCUCCGGAUCCCGUUUGGGGUGGAGUGUUAAGUUCUGCACUUAUAAGGUGUUUUCUGUGUAACCAUUUUAUAAAGUGCUUGUGUAAUUUAUGUGGAAAAAUAAAUAAAAGCCUCCGUAUCCGGA